GAGACGUUAGCUUAGUUCAAUGGAUUCCUGGCUCCAUGUAGACUGCACGUUAGAGGAGUAUCGCCGAAAUACUAAACAGGUGGUCGCAAACAGGCGUUCUGAAACAUCCACCAUGGAGAAAAGGUGAAGGAUCUCGCUGUCCAUUUAUUUUUUGGGAUACAAGCUUUACAACGCCAAAGAAAAUUCAUGACAAGGGUGGCUGUGGAAAAGCAAUACACCUAGGGCUUUCUUCUGGUUCCCGGGGAACACGUCGGGAGCUAAAAUAUGAAAGUGACAGUGUGUUUUGGACGGACAAGGGUGGUGGUUCCGUGUGGAGAUGGAAAUAUUAAAGUCCACAAUCUUAUUCAGCAAGCGGUGAUGAGAUACAAAAAGGCAAUUGCUAAGGACCCGGCGUACUGGCUACAGGUCCACCGCUUGGUACACGGAGAUGGCGGCAUCCUGGACCUGGACGACGUCUUGUGUGACGUGGCCGAUGAUAAAGAUCGGCUCGUGGCCGUGUACGACGAGCAGGACCCUCACCACGGCGGCGACGGCACCAGCGCCAGCUCCACGGGCACCCAGAGCCCCGAGAUGUUCGGCAGCGAGCUCAACUCCAGCGUGGCCUCGGCCUUCCAGCCCUACCAGACGGCCAGCGAGAUCGAGGUCACGCCGUCGGCGCUCAGAACCAACAUGCCCCUACACGUCCGCCGCAGCAGUGACCCCGCGCUCGCCGGCCUGGUGCCCCCUUUCCCCGAGGCCCACGCUUCACCCGAAGAGCCUUCCCGCAAGAACCCCACCCGCUGGUCCACCACGGCCGGCUUCGCCAAACCCAACUCCAGCAACGCCACCAACAGCCUGGAACGCACGGCCAAAGGCUCAGACAAGUUUCGCAGUCUCCCCCGAGAUGCGGGAACCUGGGGCGGGCAGUUUCAGAGGGAGAACGCCCGCUCUUCCCUGAGCGCCAAUCACCCCAUGGUGGACCGCUGGCUGGACAGACAAGAGCAGGAAGAGGAGGAGGAGGAGGAGAGGAGGGAGGAGGAGAACGGCAGGAUCGAGCCAGUGGGACGAGACGACUCUUCGCUGGAGCACAACCCCGUUCUGUGUCUGGAUGACAUUGUAAAGCUGGUGGAAGUCUCCAACGCCGGUGGCCCCCUGGGAAUCCACGUAGUGCCUUUCAGUUCGCGGGACCGAAGGACCCUGGGCCUGCUAGUGAAGCGGCUGGAGAAGGGGGGCAAGGCCGAACAGGAGAGCCUGUUCCAGGAGAACGACUGCAUCGUCCGGAUUAACAACGGGGAUCUGCGCAACAUCCGAUUCGAGCAAGCGCAGAACAUGUUCCGGCAGGCCAUGCGCUCCCCGGUCAUCCUGUUCCACGUGGUGCCGGCGUCGAAGAAGGCCCAGUACGACCACAUCACCCAUGCAGAGAUGAGCCUGGCCUACGGGGCCGGGCGUCUCAGCCCGGACUCCCAGGCCAGCGAGAGGGGGAGCAUGAGGGGGAGCCUCAACCACACCCCUCAGAGGAUGUCCCGCUCGGGGCCACUCCCCCCGCCGCUGCCCAAGCCCAAUCAGCACCCUCCGGGGGAGCAGGGGCUCUUCUACGUCCCGCCCCCUGCCAGCACGCCGGACGCACCCGCGCCGGGCCGCACGACGUCGCCACAAAGGAGCCACAGCACCACCCCCUCCACGGGCUACACCAAGAAGGUCGGCCGGAGGUUUAACAUCCAGCUGAAGAAAGGUCCAGAAGGCCUGGGCUUCAGCAUCACGUCCCGCGAUGUCCCAAUCGGCGGCUCGGCUCCCAUAUACGUGAAGAACAUCCUGCCGCGGGGUGCAGCGAUCCAAGAUGGCCGCCUAAAAGCAGGCGACCGGCUGCUUGAGGUGAACGGGGUGGACCUGAAUGGGAGGACGCAGGAGGAAGUAGUCGCUCUCCUCAGGAGCACGCCGAUGGGCGGCACCGUCGGCCUGGUGGUGCUCCGGCAAGAGGAUGCCUUCCUGCCUCGAGAAGUGAGCGCAGAGCUACCGCAGAUGCAGUUCCGCCGAGAUUCGAAAUCAGAAGAGGAUGAGCUUGUGUUGACGCCAGAUGGAACCCGUGAGUUUUUGACCCUGGAGAUCCCGCUGAAUGAUUCUGGUUCAGCAGGCCUGGGGGUCAGUGUCAAGGGCAAUCGGUCCAAGGACAGCCACGAAGACCUGGGCAUCUUCGUCAAGUCCAUCAUCAAUGGCGGGGCAGCAUGCAAGGAUGGUAGACUGAGAGUCAACGACCAGUUGAUAGCGGUGAACGGGGAGUCGUUGCUGGAGAAGAUGAACCAGGAUGCCAUGGAAACGCUACGCAAGUCCAUGUCUACCGAGGGCAACAAGCGAGGAAUGAUCCAGCUGAUAGUUGCCAGGAGGUUUCCGAAACGAAACGAGGUUGAGACCCCUGUGAGCUCCCCUGGGCCUGAGCUUCCCUUCAACACCUCGCUGGACGACAACGAGCGCAGGAUCUCCCAGUCCCUGUACACCGGCUUCGAGGACGACCACCUGCCGCUACGCGGAAGGAUGAUGGGUAACUACCAGCUGUCCCCCACUGUGAACAUGCCCCAAGAUGACACCGUCAUCAUCGAGGAUGACAGGCCACCUGUUCUCCCUGUGCGUCUGUCCGACCAAUCGUCUUCCAGCUCCCACGAUGACAUGGUCUUCCCAGCGGAGGCUCCUCCCUCCUGGGCCCAAGACAUACCAGAGCAGAAUGAGUGCACCCUCAGCCCUGAUGCAGACCCCGACAACAACUUCCAGCGGGAGGGCUUCGGACGCCAGAGCAUGUCGGAGAAGCGGACCAAGCAGUUCGGCGACGCCAGCCAGAUGGAGUUCAUCAAAACGCGCAAGUCCAAGAGCAUGGACCUAGUAGCUGACGAGAUUAACCUCACCCCACGCUCAGAGAGGACCACAGGUUCUCCGACCCAAGACGUGGGCCCGUCUCUCGGCCUCAAAAAAUCCAGCUCUCUCGAAAGUCUCCAGACCGCUGUCGCUGAGGUGACACUGAACGGAGACAUCCCCUUCCAUCGGCCACGCCCACGGAUAAUCAGAGGGAGGGGCUGCAACGAGAGCUUUAGGGCUGCUAUCGACAAAUCCUACGACAAACCAGCUGCAGAGGAGGAAGAGAGCAUGGACACCCUGGAAGAGGACACGGAGGAGAGCUCGCGCUCAGGCCGAGACUCGCUGUCCAUGGCGGCUGACCUGGCGCUUCCCGCCUCGUCGGAGAACCAGGUGAACGGCGGAGGCCGGCCCAAAGAGGACAGGAAGAAGGAGAAGGGAGGGAAGGAGAGGAAGAAACAAGAGCGGGACAAAGAGAAAGACAAGGACAAGGGCAAAGCCAAGAAAGGCAUGCUGAAGGGCCUGGGAGACAUGUUCAGGUUUGGCAAGCACCGCAAGGACGAGAGGUCGGGAGACAAAGUGGAGCGCAAGGGCUCCAGCAAGCAGAAGAAGGAGGAGGCGCAGGUGUCUGAGGAGGAGGCCCUGCAGAUGAAGCUGGAGCAGGAGAGGAUUCAGGCGAAGACCCGCGAGAUCCGCGAGAGGCAGGCGCGGGAGAGGGACUACGCCGAGAUCCAGGACUUUGACCAGUUCCUGAGCGCGGAGGAGGAGCACCCGUACGCCGGCAUUGGCUCCCUGGACUCCUCGGUGGACAGCGGCUACAACCGGCCGCAGAGUCCCCGUGACGACGGGCUGUCGCUGGAAGCGCUGUACGCGCAGGUCAACAAGCCCCGCAACGGCCGGCCUCCCUCCGCCGACAGCAACAGAGUGGCUCCUAGCAACCACGACCGGAUACAGAAGCUGCGGCACGAGUUCCAGCAGGCCCGGCAGGACGACGAUCCGGACGACGAGCGUCGCCGGACCUACAGCUUCGAGCAGCCUCGGCCGGGUGGCGGGGCGCAGACGGGGCGUCACUCGGUGUCCGUGGAGGUGCAGGUGCAGAGGCAGAGACAGGAUGAGAGGGAUUCCUUCCAGCAGGCCCAAAGACAGUACAGCUCAUUACCAAGGCAACCACGUAAGACCCCCAGCUCGGUGUCCCAGGACUCGUGGGACCGGGCGUGUCCCCCGGGUGAGGGCUUCCAGACGGCCAAGGAGAACCCGCGCUACUCCAGCUACCAGGGCUCCCGCAACGGGUACCUGGGCGCGGGGGGCGCGGGAGGAGGCCUCAACGCCCGCGUGCUCCUGGAGACCCAGGAGCUCCUGCGCCAGGAGCAGAGGCGCAAGGAGCAGGAGGUCAAGACCAAACUCCCUCCCCCCCAGGAGGUGCCCACGCACGACACCUUCGAGCCUCUCCCCGCCCCGCCCAAAGGACCCUACCGCCAGGACGUGCCCCCAUCCCCCACCCAGCUGGCCCGCCUCAACAGGCCUCAUCCCCCGGAGAAAGGCCGGCUCUUUUACCCUUGAAGAGAGAGAGGAGGAAGAGGAGGAGGAGGAGGAGAGGGCAGGGCGGGGCGUGGCAAUAACAAAGCAAAGCGACUACAAAGCCAUUUCCAGAGAGACUUGGCUUUGAACUUCUCCGACGCAGAAUAUUGAAUCCAUAUGUCGUGUUUUUUAAUCGUUUUUUAUAUAUACAUGAAUUUGCUUUCUUGAUCUCUCCCUCCCCGUACCCUGCUGUGCCGGCUGUUUUUGAGAAGGCUGGCUUGGUGAGGGAUGGCUCCGGUGUAGAGCCUCCUGCUCUCUGUGCCUUUCGAGUCUUUGCCGUUCGGAACCCCCCCCCCCCCCCCCCAGGCUGUACCUGGGGCAGCACGAUCACUGUGAUGGAGCAGAACUAGCCGGAGCGGUCGGGUGUUAGAGUCCCUCUCUGACGGCGUGAGCAGGGCGCAGCAUACGAUGCGGGGCUUAGCUCUGUGAUGUCACGCGUUGCGCUACGGGGGCUAGCGGGAAAGGUCUCCCACUACUCUGCUGUGCUACGUGUGUGUGCAUGCCUGUGCUCGUCAGUGUUUGACGUUGUGUGUCUGAAAUCCUGUGUGUGUGUGUGUGUGUGUGUGUGUGUAUAUCUGUCAGUGUAUGUCAGAGUCUGUGUACGUGUCUCUGAGCAGAUGUGUUUGGUUGUGUGUUUGUGCUUGUGUGUGUGUGUGUGUGUGUGUGUGUGCGUGUCUGUGUGUGUAUGGGUGUGUGUGUGUGCUUAGGUGUGUGUGCAGAGACUCCAGUGUGUGUGCCCCUUAGUGAAAGCAGGGCCCUGACCUGAGCCCUCAGCCCACAGCUCCCAGUCCUGGAGAAAGCCCCUCAGCCUCUGAUACAGUUCACACUCACUCUCUCCCCCCCCCCCGUUCUCCCCCUCACUCACUCUGUCUGCUCUUUUCUGUUCUUGUGUUCUCGUGAAUUUGUUUAACGUCACCUUACACGGCUUCCAAGUUCGGUUACACUGUCACAAACAGAAGAAUUCAAGAUAAAAAGCCAGGAUGUGCUCUUGAUCCGGCCCUUUUAUCAAGGAUGCAUCGGACGAGAACGGACCUAAUAUCCCACCAUUCAUUGCGAGAUGGCAGACGAGCCUAGCUCAAAUCAAGUUUUUAGUUGACCAUUUCUGCAUUAAGUGUUGCCAAAAUCUUUAAGAAUAAAAAUGAGAAAUAUGUAUUGUAAUCAUAGCUUAUUUGAAGCAUUAAACAUUUAUCAUAUACAGCUCGGCUAUUUGUUGACUGACUCCUAAAUACUAGUUAGAUUUUAGUGGGUAACGUGAGUCAAGUAACUUAACUAGCUAAAAAACAGCGGGUGAAAGGGAUGUUUGGUUCACUUUAAUGUUUUAAGUAGGCUACAGUGUCUCCUAAAUACUAGUUAGAUUUUAGUGGGUAACAUGAGUGUAGCAACUUAACUAGCUAAAGAACAGCGGGUGAAAGGGAUGUUUGGUUCAAUUGAACGUUUUAAGUAGGCUACAGUGUCUACAUUUGGAACAAAAUUAUACCCAAAACCAUUAUAAAGCAGCUUUACAAAGAAAUGCACAAGGUGGAAACUAGAGAUUGGUACUGCCGGGUUUGCAUGUUAUAAGCACACAUUGCAUCUCAAAUGCAUACAACAGUGUUGUCUGUCCUUCUUGCAAGACCGUUCUCGUCAAGAACACAUGGCAAGAACACGUGGCUAUAACACAAGAACGUUCUUGCUUUCUUAGUCUUGAGAAACGCCCCCUGUCUCUCCCACUCUCUCUGUCUCUCAAUUUCAAUUCAAUUCAAAUAAGCUUUAUUGGCAUGGUGAGAGUAAACUUACUUUGCCAAAGCAUACACUGACCUCUCAUUCUCAUACCCAUACUCUCUCUCCCCCCCUGUCUCUUUUUCUGUCUCACUACCUUGCUCUUUCUGUGCCUCUCCCACUGUCACUUGCUUGUUGUCUUUUUCUCUCCCUUUCUUUCUCUCUCCUUCAGAUAUUUUCCCUUCUCUUUCUAGCAUGAGCAUAACCCUUUAGCUCCGCUUUCUCUCAGACCCCCCCCCUCACAAGAUAAUUCACUUGUAUAAAUGGGGUCAAAGAGGGUUAUUAAUUAAUGUUUCUUAUGAAAAAUGAAUGUGUGUCAUCCACGGGGGGGGGAUUUGGGGGGAGAGAGGGGCAGGGUGAGGGUGGCCCAGCCUGGUCUCCGCUUUGUACACACACACCGUCUUCAGUUACCCACCCCCAGUCAAACACUGCUGCCAGCCUCCACUGAAUUUUUCAUCGCGGCGGUUAAUCGAGAGAUCGUUUGCACUAAAGACAAACACUACAACGGUACAACAUCGGCUCAUGUUUCUUACGACCGCUCAGGCAGAAACACUGUCCUAUGCUCUGUUAGAAAUAUUUAAUUUCACUUUUGCUGCCUGGAGUUGUAAAGAAUCGAAAGGAAAAAAGAAUGAUAAUCAUGUUUAGUUGACACUGCAGCCUGGUACGGUGUGUUUGGGUUGUAAACUGUGCCUAUAAGGUGACUCUCCUCUCUGUUAAAAGUACACGGGCAGGGGGGAUCGAACGCUCGGACGUUUAGUGACAGUUGGAAACGGCGUUGGAGCGAGUGAGAUAAAGGGAAAGAUCUGCCUUAUCGGCGAUUUAUUCAAAUAUGUCCUCAGAAGUAUUCCUGUGUGUUUCUGUAACGUGGUCUGAACAAAGAGAAAGAUUUGUGUUUGGCAUCUCUCUUCUCUGCCACCCUCCCUCCCCCUCUCUCACACCUUUGACCUUGAAAAUUAGGUUCAUCAUUUAUUUUUAUUUUUUGUACGCAAAGCCAGGAGGGAAGCCUUGUUCGGCCUGUGAAAGCGACACACGCUACAUACAAAACAAAUCCUCACUGCCUCGGCCAUGACAUCAUGGUGUUUCAUUAUGUGCGACUGUGGCCCGGGGGAGCCCCUCCCCCGCCUGUUUCACGUGUCACAAGGUGCACUCUGAGGCUCUUCAAGUGCCUGAGACGCCUGCUGUGUGGAUGGGAGCAACGCCGCCAUUUUGUCCCUCAACGUGACCGUCAUUUCUCGUUUCUCUUUGUUGUCUCCUUCCGUGUUUUCGGCGCGCGUUCCCAUCGAGCUAUCAUUGUGUUUUUUUUACGACGACAGGGAAGACAACUAAUCUUCGCAUCUUACUGUGUAUUUUUAUCGGUGUAUUUUUCAUUGCCUUCAUGAAUUUAGGUACUACGCUGUUCGAAGCUGGUGACUAAUGUAUGGACAGUGCAAUUGGUUUAUGAGACUUUUACAUGAUGUAUUAAAAAUGUACGCAGCCUCUUUCCCUGUACAUAUCAUAUUUAGAAUAAAAGGAAGGCUGUUUUCAACCUGUUUACAAUCA